AUGGAGUACGGAUUUAUCGCCAAUUACAAAGUUUGGACCUAUCACGGGGAAGUGACUGAUCCCCAAGAUGGUGAUGAAGAGUUAAAUUUCGAUAUGAAUGAGGCAGAGAAUUUCAUAAUCGAAGACAUGUCCCAUGAAAGAAUGGAUGAAGAUGUUUGCACUGCUAAUGAAGAUUUUGAUUGUGGUUUUGAUUUAGAGGAUAUGCCACGCCAUGUUGAACCAGAGGUGCUAACGGAUAGCUCACGAGUGUUGGAGAAUUGGCAGGCAUUGAAGAAGGCAGCGAAAGAUCUUCUCUAUUCUGAUAAGGGUAAGCGUAGAAAGAUUCCCUCAAUGGUGAUGUGGUACUUACCUAUAGAGGACUGCAUGAAGUGUUUGUACUCCAACCUGACUGAUGUUGAGUUGAUGAGAUGGCAUCAAGAGAGCCGGAAGACUGAUGGUAUGAUUCGACAUCCCGCCGAUGCUCGCCAGCGGAAGACAUUUGAUGCAAAGCACCCAGAAUUUGGUAAUGAUCCCAGGAAUAAACGAAAGUACAUUCUUCUCACUAUCCUCAUACAAGGUCCAAAGCAACAAGGAAUUGACAUAGAUGUUUUUCUUGAGCCUCUGAUGGAGGACAUGGAGGAGCUUUGGAAAGAUGGGUUACGACUAUGGAAUGAGUUCAAGCGGGAGCACUUUACUCUACGUGCAAUCAUAUUCGUUACCAUCAAUGAUCUACCUAUAGUGUAUAUGCGACAUAGAUGGUUCCUGCCACAAAAACACAAGUACCGUAAGAUGGAAAAAUUGUUCGAUACUACAGUGGAGAACGAUACUACUCCCGAAACACGAAGUGGUACAUACGUGUAUGAGAUAACAAAGAAGACUAAGGUUGUAUAUGGCAAAGGAAAGAAGAAGACGGUUAAGAGGAAGAAAGGUGAUGGUGACAAAGAUACUACACAUCCAAGCAAGACGAAGGAUGGACUAAAGUCACGUAACGACCUUGCAGAUUUGGACAUAAGGCAUGACCUUAACCCAGUAAUGCUGCCGAAUGGAAAGAUUGAGAUUCCUCCUGCUUGUUACUCCUUGACACUAGAAGAGAGAAAAGCAUUUUGUAAAUGUUUACAGGGGGUUAGAGUGCCUACUGGUUUCUCAUCGAAUAUUAGGAAGCUUUUCUCUGUGAAGGAUUUGACCAUUUCUGGAUACAAUGCGCAUGACUGCCAUAGGCUGCUAACGGUAUUCCUACCAAUUGCUAUAAGGGCAGUCAAGCCUGUCCAUACCAAGGUGGUCAUAACAAAGGUGUGCUACUUUUUCAACCGAAUUUCACAGAAGGUAUUUGAUCCUCUGGAAUUAGGUCCCCUUCAGACUUUUGCAGUCGAGACUGUCUGCCAGCUUGAGAUGUAUUUCCCACCAUCAUAUUUAGAUAUGAUGGAGUAUUUGAUCGUUCAUAUCGUUCCUCAGAUUAUUGGACUUGGUCCCUUAUACUUACAUCAGAUGUGGGCAUACGAGCGUUACAUGUCAAUCCUCAAAGGCUAUGUAUGCAAUCGCGCUCACCUCGAAGGAUUAAUGAUAGAGGGAUACACAACUGAAGAGGCAGUUGAAUGUUGUAUGGAUUACGUAAAGGAUGCUAAUGCCAUUGGGAUUCCUGUGAAUCGACACGAAGGGAGAUUGUCUGGAAGGGGUACUAUUGGUAGGAAGCAAUUCUUCGAUAAUGAUUACCAAAAGGUGUCCGCAGCACACAACAGCGUUCUCCAACAGCUCGCUAUCAUUGAGCCAUUCAUUGAGCGACACAUUGAAGAAAUCAAAGCAUGCUUUCUAGGGCGAACCGCCGAUUGGGUAUCAAAAGAGCACAAGCGUCGCUUUGCUUCGUGGUUCAAAGAUCUCAACCUGCCAGUUGGUGAUUGUAUGGAGCAACCUACUUUACAGAGAUUGGCAUGUGGGCCUUCGAGUAUUGUCAACUCAUGGCAAGGUUAUGACAUCAAUGGAUUUACCCUGUAUACGAGUACGAAGGACAUGAAAAGCAUAGCACAAAACAGUGGGGUUCAUGUCCAAGCGAUUGACACGAAUGGUGAGAAGAAGUCAUAUUACGGGACCAUACAGGAAAUAUGGAAACUCGACUAUGGCCUGAACAUCCAGAUCCCUGUGCUCCGUUGUCAAUGGUUUAAAGACACAACAGGGGUUUCCGUUGAUGACUAUGGACUAAUGAUAGUCGAUCACAGUAAAACAUGUCAUAAGGAUGAUCCAUGGAUUUUAGCAGAGCGUGUGAUUCAAGUUUUUUAUGUGAAAGACCCUUCAGAUGAAAGAAAAACUAUUGUCGUAUCCGGAAAACAACAGAUUGUUGGCAUCGACAAUAUUGAAGACCCUAAUGAUUACAACCAGUUCGCCGAUGUACCAUUGUUUACCGAUCUUCCUAUGCGAAUUAAGAAGGUUGAGAAAACAAUCGAUGAAGCGAAUAUGUCGUACGUUCGAUCAGAUGGUGCUGCCAAGAUAAUUAAGUCAUAG